GCCCCGGUACGCCUGUGUUGAUCCCCCCCUCCGAGCACCAUGGGUGUCGCAAAGAAGCAGGUGAAGAAGCAGGUGAAGUCCACCCCUAAGAAGGUGGCGGACCCCCUCUUCCCCGCGAGGAAGAAGUCCUUCCGCAUCGGCCGCGACAUCCAGCCCAAGGUGGACCUGUCCCGGUUCGUCAAGUGGCCGAGGUACAUCCGCCUCCAGCGCCAGCGCAAGAUCCUGGUGCAGCGCCUGAAGGUUCCCCCGAGCAUCAACCAGUUCAGCAAGGCCAUCGACAAGAACCAGGCCACCGAACUCCUGAAGGUGCUGAUGAAGUACCAGCCGGAGGACAAGAAGGCCAAGCAGCAGCGCCUCAAGGAGAUCGCCGCCGCUAAGGAGGCCGGCAAGGAGCCCGCCCCCUCGAAGGCACCCAAGGUGAUCAAGUUUGGGCUCAAGCACGUGACCACCCUCAUCGAGGAGCAGAAGGCGUCCCUUGUGGUGAUCGCGCACGACGUGACCCCGAUCGAGCUGGUGGUCUGGCUUCCCGCUCUCUGCAGGAAGAUGGGUAUCCCCUACUGCAUCAUGAAGGGCAAGGCUCGCCUCGGCACCCUUGUGCACCAGAAGAACGCUGCCGUCAUCUGCCUGACGACCGUCAACAAAGAGGACGAGUCCAAGCUCUCCAACCUCAAGUCGAACUUCACCGCGCAGUUCAACGAGGGCUUCGUCAGGAAGUGGGGCGGCGGCGUCAUGGGCCUCAAGACCCAGCGCAAGCUGGAGAAGAGGCAGAAGGCCAUCGAGGCCGAGCUUGCCAAGAAGGCUCAGUACUAAGGUUGAUUCUCUUCGGGCUGGUGCUGAUUUUUGACGUCCUGAGUAGUAGUAAUCUUUUCUCCUUGUCCGAUUUGGCUCCUCUAUGAUGUUUCCCUUGAUACCUGACGAGAGCGGAGGGCGCUGGGGUGCAUGUUCUGGGGAGUUCACGGACUUGCUUGGAUACAACGGACUUCCUUGGAUACAAGUAGGGUGUUGGUCGGGUGUGGGAAGGGGAGCUGUUGCUCGAGGCGACGUGAUUCAGCGCGCACGUGGGGCUUGAAUGGGGCUGAUUAAUAAUAUUUUCAAACACAAAUUGCUUGUUGGUGCUCACAGUGGCUGGGCUUACCGUGAUUGCUGGUGCUCAACGCCGCGGCCGCUUGCGGCGGCAGAGCACGUUUUAUCCGGUCGCAACGCCAACCGUGCUUCUCCCACCACGGCCGAAGCAAUCUCAGCUGUUGUCAAGGGGUGUCGUUUCAUAUACGAACCAUUGGAGACGAUGGUAAUGAGCUGCUUGACUUCGUUGUCCAGCAACAACGUAUGCCUUACCGCAUCAAAUAGAGUGACGUUUCGAGAGUCCUGUGAUGAUUUUUCUUAC